AUAAACUUUCUGUAACGUUUCCAGUAAAUCCAGCUUCUUGAGUUCGGCUCAGUAACUGUUAAAGGAAACUUUAGAUCAACGACAACAGAUGUGACAAGCUAAACAACGACUGGAAGCAGCACGUGAAGAAUGGAGUUUCUGGACAAAACGGGCCCAGAUGAAGAAAAAAUGCAACAAAACAAAAUCCUGGAUGCUGCUUUGGACCCCAGAGAUCGUCUGCAUAUAUCAGAUGUUCAUCAUAUGGUGCUGAUUAUAGAAGAAGCACCUGAAGACUGGAGUUCUGGUGUGGACCAGAAGGACCCAGAGACCCUCAACAUAAAGGAGGAAGAGGAGGAACCGAGGAUCAGUCUGGAUGUGGAGCAGCUCAGUGUGAAGGAGGAGACUGAUGACACCAGGUUCUCCUUCACUGCAGAUCCUUUGAAGAGUGAGGAUGAUGAAGAGAAACCUCCGUCCUCUCAGCUUCAUCAGCACCAAGUGGAAGAUGGAGAUCUUCCAACCAGCAGCUCAGCUGACCAGAUGAAAGCAGCAACGGGUGGAGAAGAUUGUGUUCAACUCCACAGAUCAGAAGCUCCUGAAGACUGGAGUUCUGGUGUGGACCAGAAGGACCCGGAGAUCAUCAACAUAAAGGAGGAAGAGGAGGAACCGAGGAUCAGUCUGGAUGUGGAGCAGCUCAGUGUGAAGGAGGAGACUGAUGACACCAGAUUCUCCUUCAAUGCAGUUCAUCUGAAGAGUGAGGAUGAUGAAGAGAAACCUCCGUCCUCUCAGCUUCAUCAGCACCAAGUGGAAGAUGGAGAUCUUCCAACCAGCAGCUCAGCGGACCAGAUGAAAGCAGCAACUGGUGGAGAAGAUUGUGUUCAACUCCACAGAUCAGAAACAGGUUUUCCACACUUAAACAAAAGGCUCCCCGUGGACAAGAUGACUGUGCUGUCUGCUAAACCGAAGAGUGGAGCAACAACAGAGGGUGUAAGGAGCACACUCUACAAAGGCCUUAGUGGGGAUUUGCCGGACCUUUCUGUCCUUAGAGUUUCCGAGGUGUAUGAAGAUUUUGCAGCAGCUGAUGCACCAAUGAUCUGCAGCAUGGGAAUCAGCCAUGAAUUUCCCCUUGUUGACUCUGCCCUUGGCAAAGUUCAGGCUGGAAGUCCUCUGUCCUACCAACAGCCAGCAACAGCAAAGAGAGACAUGUCCUUCAAUGCUGCACCACCCCGCCCAUCUCUGCCUCUUAAGAACUACCACCUACAGCCAUCAAAAAGCAUGUUUGUUUGUUCUGAACCACAACAGCUACACCUUAAAAGUAUGGAGGUCACCUGGGACAUGGUGAAUAAAUUUGAAUGUGCUACCAGAGCACAGAGUACAUGUCCUGAAUGGCAUCAGCUAAGGAGGCAUAGGUUGACUGCCUCCCGCUUCAGGGAGAUCUGCCAGGUUCGAGAUAAAUCUGAGGAAGAUCUGGCAAAUCGUCUGCUGCAAGGGACCUAUCAGACUGCAGCUAUGAAGAGAGGGCUUGAAUUAGAGGCAGAUGCUAUCUGGGAAUAUUGUCAAAUUAAAAGAGUCAACCACUAUCCCUGUGGAUUUGUGAUUCACCCUGAUGCUCCUUGGCUAGGGGCAUCUCCAGACGGAUUGAUCUUUGAUCCUUCUGAGCCAUGUCAGUUCGGGCUGAUUGAGAUUAAGUGUCCAAAUGUGAAAAGUUAUGUUGACUGUCCAUAUCUCCAAAUGAAGUCAGGCAAAUUGGAACUAAAAAAAACUCAUGCUUACUAUUGGCAGGUUCAGGGGCAGAUGCUAAUAACUGGGAUGAACUGGUGUGAUUUUGUUGUCUCAGCUGAGGAAGAUAUUCUUAUUCAAAGAAUUUAUGCAGACACUAAUGUGAUGGAUUCAAUCAAACACAAAGUAGACACAUAUUUUUUCUAUGUUUACCUGCAGAAAUGUCUAAAUUAG